CUACUUAUAUCAAAGUGUGACAUUACUUCACCUGAAAUGAUGAAACUCAUCCUGUGAGAAAAGAUCACAGGAUUAUGAGACAAACUAGUGCUGUGGUCACUUCUAGUGGUUGAAUUGGUUAUAAAAAGGAAGCAGCUGAACAUCAGCGUCAGUCGCUGCUUCAUCCUCUCGCUUCCAGGCGUUGAGCUGCAGAGAAACUUCACAAUGACUCCAAAUGUUCCCUGCCUGAUCUUUCUCUUGGUGGCCGACGUGACUCUGAGUGCUCCAGCUAAAAACCAGGAUCCAGUCAAUGAGACGGACAACUCUCUGGAAGUCAUCCCAAGACCAAGAAUCGAUUUUGAAUCCUACAUAUUUCAGGGGGACAUCCUCAUGCCGAAAACCACAAACAAGAAUGCAGUUCCAUGUGUCCUGACAGGCUGCCUGUGGCCCAAACAGGGACGCCACGUCACUGUGCCGUACCUCAUCUCUCCUUACUAUACUCAAGAACAACGCAACCUCAUUCUCACUGCACUCCAGAGCUUUGAGCAGACCACCUGCAUUCGCUUCGUCCCGUAUAGUGGCAAUACUCGGGACUUCAUCUACUUCGAGUCAAUCAGUGGGUGUUGGUCCAGCCUGGGACGUCAGGAUGGCGGCCAGUACAUCUCCCUGGAUAAAGAUGGCUGCUUGUCCCGCCGCACAAUUCAGCAUGAGGUUCUUCACGCUCUGGGUUUCCACCAUGAGCAGGUCCGCUCUGACAGAGACCAACAUGUUCAGAUUCUCUUUGAAAACAUUAAGGACGGAGAAUAUGACCAGUUCAAAAAAGUACAGACCAACAACUUGGGAACUCCCUACGACUUCACCUCCGUCAUGCAGUACGGAAAAUAUGCUUUCUCCAAAAAUGGGAGGCCUACCAUUGUGGCCCGGUUCAAUCCUAACUAUGACUGGGGGCGAGCCACUCGGAUGAGCGCCAACGACAUCACCCGCGUCAACAGGCUUUACCAAUGCAACUGAUAUAACAUGAAGAAAUCAGAUCAACAACAACCAAGAAUUGAUCUGCUGCAAGAAUAUAAUCAGCUCAUAAAAACUUAAACUGCAAAAACCUGGCCGCAAUUUUUAAAAAGAUCAUCUGGAGCCACCUGCUGGUCAGAGCUUGCAUUGCAUCGCCUGUUGAUGGGAGGUUCCUCAGUCAACUUCAUGCAACUUUGAUUUGAUUUUGCUUAUUGCUUUUCACUUUACAUGGAGCCUCUAUGUAA